AUGCCUAAAUCCACAUCCACCUCCACAUCACCCCCCUCUCGACAAGAGUACUUCCCCGGAAGAAGUAUUCCCACCGAAACCUUCCGCCUAAUCACAAAGUACAUCGACCCGGCCACUCUCCCCAGCGCCAGAUUGGUAAGCCGUAGCUGGGCACUAUUGAUGCUAGAAGUGCUAUUCGCACAGCGCGGUUUCUCCAUAUCACCUUUCAAAAAUGGCAUGCAAAGACUGGAGGAGGUGGCGCAAACCAUUGCAAUGCCAUCGAUCCAUCACUUAGAUAUCGGUCUUGGAAUUGUUGAUAGUCGCAGAUUGGGUUUGCAUAUUCUGCGUAACACGCCGUCGGUUUUGCUCGCGAAGAUGUCGCAAGAUGAGAGAACGCGAUGGUUGCGGGAUCGCUUGUUGGGAGAGUCGGAUAAAUAUUUACGAUAUUGUCGCGGCGAAGCGUUUGCACGACUCUUGCUGCCUCUCAAAAAUUUGUCUUCGAUAACUAUUUCGCAUAUUGAGAAUCAUAUUUCUCCGAGCUUGUAUCAGCGCCAUGAAGAAUUGUUGGAUGAUCCAGAAAUGGACAUGCAGAUCUACACUCUGAAACAAUGGGCCUCUCUACCUCCAAUCAAGUUUCAGGGGGUUCUCGAUAUACUCACUCGUACGUCUCUAUCUGGAUCUAUUGCCCUCAAACAUUUGAAAAUCGAAUCGCUUCCCAUUUACACAUUCAUGACUUGGGAUUCAGAGAGGGCAAUUGGCACUGAUGUCUCUGCUCGAUUCAUUGAAGCUUUUUCUCAUCUCGAAUCACUUUCAUUGGGUCUCUCAUGCUGUGUUCCCAAUGGACUUUUAUCUUUGAAUCCUGAGCCUUCAUGUUUUCAUCAUAAGGCUACAAGUUUUAUCGCCCAGUGGAAUAUAUUAGCCAUCGACACCAUGUGUAAAGUUGUGUCUUCGAUGAAGAAUCUCAGGCAGUUAGAUUUAAAUUGGCAAAUAUCGUCUAUUGAUGAAGAAGAAGGGUGUAUUCCCCAAAGGAACUCGAAAAAUUUGAGACAGAUGUGGAAUGAAUUAUUUCUCGAAAGUACUUUUCCGAAUCUCGAAACGCUGCGACUUUCUUGGUUCUGUAUGGAAAAGAUAGAUCUCUUUACAUUUCUGUACAGACAUAAAGAUACGUUGAAAAAUGUAGAUCUGGGAAAUUAUACUUUUGAUAAAGAUGAUACGUCGUGUUCUUUUCAUGAGUUUUUCGAGGGUAUGGAGAAGUUGCUGGAGUUGGAGCAGUUGGAGUGUAGAGACGUGUAUUCGAUUUCGGCGAGCGUGAGGAAGAAUUAA